AUGCGUCAGUUUGCAUCACAACAACGCAGCCCUUAUCGUCCAAAUGGGGGUUUUGUUGCCAGCAGCCAGUAUGACGCAGUCGGUGCUCCCGAUUUCCUGACCUCGAGGGAGUCACCGCAGUCUACACCACCAGAAAGUUCGGCUCCAGAAAUGGACAUGCCAUACCGACAGAGUAGUGGAAGCUACUGCGGAGAUGAUGGCAGGAAUGAAAUGCUGCCUGGAGCAGUCUUAGGCACAUCUUUUCAGUUACCUCACUCAUCACCACCUCUCGUUGAUCCUCCUCCUUUACCUAAAUCUACGUGGAAUACAGUCCAAGAAGUAUCUCGGACCCGAAGUGGGUCCAUGCCACGAAUACAGUCCGCUUUCCCAAAUCAUGUGGUGCAUAGCUUCAAUUCAAGUCUUUCACAUGCACCGAGGCCAACUUUAUCGCAUGCCGCAAUCAUCCAUCACUUGCAACAACAAUAUCGUCACUGUCAACAUCAGCAACUGAUUCCCUUCAUGUCAGUAACGAGCAUGCCUUCGCAGCAAAUGCAACACCCUCUAACCAAGAGUGGGAUGGAGUCCGAGGCGGGCAUUUCACAGGAUGUGGCUUGUAAUGCAGAGAGCAGAGCCCAGGCUCCAUCUAGGCGCGAACGGACAAUUUACACACCAGAACAACUCGAGGCGAUGGAGGAAGUGUUUGGGGUGAACAGGUAUCCCGACGUGAGCAUGCGCGAGGAGCUCGCAUCAAGACUCGGCAUCAACGAAUCGAAAAUUCAAGUGUGGUUCAAAAAUCGUCGAGCCAAGCUUCGAAAUCUGGAGCGGUCAAGACGAAGGGAAUAG